CUUGUGCAUUUCUUUGCUAUAUCUCUCCAAGUCUUCCGCCGUCUCUCUGACCUUCCUGCUGCGAGCCCGUGCAAUCAGAAAAUCAACGAAAAUACCAUCAUCCGGGUCAACUUUGUUGGUGCCUUCUGACGUAUCCUUUCUCCACCCCGCCAUCCCCGAGUUUCCGAAGCCGCAACACCGAAAGUCCGACCGUGUGCAAUCCUCCCGUGCUGUUGCUUCAGCCUGGUCUGCGGCCUCCUUCUACCUCACGCACAAAAGUUCGGCCCCGUGAAACUUAGCACCGUAGACCGACGCGUGUAGAAUUGUCUCCUCUGCCAGUGCGAACCGGAGAUACGCUGUCUGCGGCUUGUGUGCGUUACAUGUAAAGAAGAACAAGAAAGCAGCGAAGAAUCUUGAAACAGAUUCAAACAGACAGCUCACACAUAUUGCCCACAAAUACGUACCCACUCGCCAAUUAAGCUUUGCCAAACACAAAUCAGAGCAAGGACGCAGAUCACAAGAAGGCCCUAUUGAGCUGAGGACGCAACUUUCUCAAGUUUAUACCAGAGUGUUCUGUAAACCGUCGCCGACAAAGACACUUGAUUGCUCCAUAGACUGCACCGCUACGCCCACGCAUCAGCACAACGCAUUCCAUGGAAUUCUCCACGGAUUUCCUCGGAAUCGACAGCAUGUACAAUUACGGCUCCACACCGCGGCCCUCCCGCCGUGAGAGCUCGUCCUCGACUACGUCCACCUCCUCAAUGGAAAGCAUCCGCGGGCCGCUAAAGCAAUACGCCGCCUCUUCAAGAUCGCAGCCGCACAAACGAACAUCCUCAUCGGCAAAGUCUUACUCGCCAACGCCACUGCCAACGACGAGAAUGCCUUCGUCAUCCUCAUCAUCAUCAUCGUCGUCGUCGUCGUCGUCGUCGCCGUCGCCGUCGUCCGCCCAGCUCAGGAAGGCAAAGCGCUCCGACCUCGGCCUCGAGAUCGACAGAGGCGCCGCCGCCGCGUUCGCUUCGGCCAGGACCCGGCCCUCCGUCAGGCACGAGGACACGGGCUCCAGGUCGAGCACCAGCGCCCCGAUUCCGAUCCCGGCGCGGAAGCCCGUCGUCAAGCUCAGGCGGGACGUGGGAAUGCGUCAGGCCAUGGACCUGGCCGGCUUCGCGGCCUACAUGAACUCGUGAGCCUCUCUUCGCCACGGGACCCAACUCGCCCGUUCCCUUUCAUUUUCUUACCCCCCCC